AUGUCAGCAUACAACGGUUUCAAAAACCAUGUAACUUUAUCCAGACAUCCAGCUCGAGAUCUAUAUGAUGAUUGUACCAUGGCAGUUAAUUCAUAUGAUUGCGACUACAAUAAGCCAUACUCGCCAGAAUCUUUGGAACAUGGUAACGAAAUGGACACAUUAACUUAUACGCCAUCACCAGUCCAGCAUUACGCUACCGCUGUUGCCACAUUAUCUAAUUCUCCGGGAAUGCAGCUGGAUGGCAAAACUGAUCACAAACUUUCGUCAUCAAGUGUUAUUAUUGAUGUGGACGAUGGUGGUGAUAAUAAUUCGUCCCGUAGUGAUUCACCGAGUUUUAAGGCUUCUUUGCAAACUACGGAGAUCGAAGAAAAUGAAAAAGUGAUGGGAGAAGAAAUUGAAGUAGACGAUGAAGGUUUGGAAGAAAUCAUAGCUAAUGUUUUGAUUGAACAACUGACUGGUGGAAGUGAAAGUGAAGUGCGACGUCGGCCGUACAAUUCAAUCGGACCGGAUUGUGAUGAACUGCGAAAUAUGCUUGCCAUUGCUGUGCGACAGGAAAAGCAAGCUCGGGAGCUUAGGAAGAAACGAUCUCAUAUGUCUGGUGUUGGCUGGCUAAUUUCAAAGUUAUUCUCCAUAAAUACAUCUGCAGAAAUCGGGAAAAAGGAAAGAGUUGUGCUUGAUCGAUAUGGUCGAAAAGUGGAAACCAGCAAGAAAGAAAAUCAACCGAGGAAGUGGGUGUAUCACCCAGAAAUUGUUCGUGCAAACGCGUCGUCAGAUAUAACGACAUUUCCAAUAAGACUUCAAGACGGUGUUCUUCUUAGUGAACUUCCACCUCCUCCACCUCAUCCUACAGUCCCAGAUGAGAUACGGAGAGCCGUACGUGCUAAAAUGGUACGAUGCAAAAUUUGUAAAAAUCGUUUUAUUGAAAAAAAUUUAUAUGAACGACAUCUGCGCGAUCGGCAUUACACCGAAUAUUUGGCAUAUUUAAUACAACAAGAAGAAGAGAUCGCUGAACAAAGACAAGCUGAGCUUGAAGCAAAUCGAAUUGAGGAACUCGCAACGGGAGGUUACAUUCCACCGGAACGUGAGAUAGAUGCUGAAUCUUAUGAAGUUGAAGUUGACAAGAUUCCGCUGCCUGGUGAACUAAGUGGUGGUAUUCCAGCACGUUUUGAUCGACAUGGUUUCUUACGUCAACCAAAACGUUCCUACAAGAAAAAAGUUUCUCCACAAUGUCCGUUCUGUGACAAACGGUUCAGGAACGAAGUUUCUUUGAAGAAGCAUUUUGUGAAGAAGCAUCCAGAAACCAUUGAUUUUGUUCAGUGUUUACGUUGUUUUAAAGCAGUGAAAACGAAAAGCGAAUUAUCAGCGCAUGAAUGUGACUUGACGUUUAUCUGCUUUGAAUGUACACCACUGAGGAAUCUUUGCACUCAGCAAAGAUUGCUCAAUCAUCGAGCAAAGUUCCACCGUGGUGUAAAUUCAGGUUUCAAAUGUAACAUGUGUGCGUUGAAAUUCCUUACACCGCGAAAGCUCAGGAAGCAUAAGAAAAUGGCUCAUGUUUUCACGAAAACUUUCCCUUGCCACUUUUGUGAUGAGUUAUUCACAAGCGAAUGUUCGGUGACAACGCACGAACGUAUUCACACGGGUAUAAUCAAAUUUGAAUGUCGAAUCUGUGACUUCAAGUGCAAUCGUUUUGUCUGGAUGGAAGAACAUCAAAAAGAAGAGCACGGCUAUAUUUGUUCCGUAUGCCAGCAUAAAUGUGCCGAAUGGGGUGCGCUUAAAGACCACACAUUGCAGGAGCAUGGUGGUUAUUUGACCAGUGAGUCGAAUGCAGGUUAUAUCGAUAGCCCACGUGUGUGGGUCAUGUAUAAGGGCGAAUAA